CUUCCAAUAAUUUUUACUUAGUUUACACGACUGCAGAAUAAAUAGGCAAGGUUGUAUCACACUGUAUGUUUUGUUGGCCUAAUUCCACUGAAAACUUAUAUUUAAGGUCAGACUGUGCGCACGAACAUCAACUCUUGACCCCAGCAAUAAAUCCCAUUCACCUAGUGAGUCGCAAGGCUUAGAAGAAAGAGAGUCGAUUACUGCAAAGGCCCAUCAGUGCAUUAUAGCACAGAAUCACGGACCAUUGGAUACCCGCAUUGUCUGUGCCAGAAUCAUCCUGAAUGUCACACGGAAUCAGCUGCAACACACAUGGAGUGUAUUCAUUUGAGCGAAAAUGUAAAAAUCACAGCGCCCCCUAUGAAAGACGAAAAUCCACCGUGCCAGUUUCACUGUUCAGUAUGUAAGACAAGCAAGAGUCCAUGGCUUUGUUUGACAUGUGGAGCGGUUCAUUGUGGAAGAUAUGUCAAUGCUCAUGCCAAACUGCAUUACGAGGAGCGACAGAAGCAUUCAGUGUGUAUGGACUGUGACAGUUAUGCAGCCUUUUGCUAUGCCUGUGAUGAGUUUGUUAUCAAUGAUACCGAUUCAGGAGACCUAGACAAACUUAGGAAACAUUUACGAUCAGUAGCAAAGUUUCAUACAGUGAAGAACAGGAGGCGUGAUUCAUUGGACUCGACAGAAAAUGAAGGAAAAAAGAAAAAAAUUAAAACAGACACUGGUGCUAAAGCUAUCAAACCUCGUACUUCAGGACUUAGAAACCUAGGAAAUACGUGUUUUAUGAACGCUGUGCUGCAGUCGCUUAGUAACAUCCAGCAGUUCUGUGGCUACAUAAAACAAUUGCCAUCUCUGGAAAAGAAGAAGCCUCGAGCAAAUGUGACCAGGUAUAGAAAUGGACGAGAUGAUGACAUUUUGUUGGUAGAAGAACUAAGAAAAACACUGAUACAACUGUGGCAAGGGAACAAGUCUGCAAUCUCCCCAGAGUCACUUUUUUCUGUUAUAUGGAAAGUAGUGCCUAGAUUUAGGGGUUAUCAACAACAGGAUGCUCAUGAGUUUAUGCGGUAUUUAUUGGACCGUUUACACACAGAGCUUUUGACUCUUCUCCCGUACCCUAAUCCUUCCAGUCCAUACAUAGGACCAAAAGGAAAAAGUACAAUUGUGACUGCCAUCUUUGGUGGUCUACUUCAAAAUGAAGUAAACUGUCUUAUAUGUGGAACAGAUUCCAAGAAACAUGACCCUUUCCUUGAUCUCUCUUUAGAUAUUCCUGAUUGUAAGGAAGGACUUGUCAACUUGUCAGAGUGCUUGUCCCACUUUACUGAGGUAGAAGAAUUAGAGGAGUCAGAGCUGUACAAUUGCGGCACUUGCAAACGGAAACAGCGGUCAACUAAACAAUUCUGGAUAAGACGCUUGCCAAAUGUACUUUGUUUACAUAUUAAAAGAUUUCGCUGGAGCUCGCACUAUAGAGUGAAACUAGAAACUUUGGUCAAUUUUCCUAUACAUGGUCUGGACAUGAAUGAAUAUGUGCUUAAUAACAUGCAUGAAACGAGGAACAGCUGCUCUGGUAGUAAUCUGUAUGAUCUAGCUGCUGUAGUUGUUCAUCAUGGAUCAGGGGCUGGUUCCGGCCACUACACUGCCUAUGCUUACCACGAUUCUCGUUGGUACCACUUCAAUGACAGUAACGUAUCUGUGUGUGAGGAGGAGACUGUGGCCAAAUGUAAGGCAUACAUACUGUUCUAUGUGCGCCGAGAACUCAAAUUACCCGACUUCUUGGUGAACAUUGGGAGCAAUGGCGAGGAGACGACAAAAGAAGAUCAGUAGAAUAGCCUAAUUGGAAUGGGCUGUUUUUACACACAGAUUUAUGUGUGGCCACAAAUGUUCACGAUGCUAGAUGGAACCCUGUCACUUUCUCGGUAAUGUUUGCAUGAAAAUGUUAUACACAGAAAAACUGUAUCGGCUGGAAUAACUAUAGAGAAUAUCAUGAUAACUCAUGAUUUGACAUGUUAAAGUUACUUCAAACACACUUAAUUAUUAAUCAUCGUUGUUAACUUUUUUUUUUUCAAAAACUAAUGCCAGGACUUGAACCAGCCCGUAACAUAUUGCCUGGCCUGUUACAGGUGUGCAGGUCUGCUUCAUUCACUAUACUAAGUCUAGUAUCAGUAUCCGCCAACAUUCCAUUUAGUUUCAUAUACAUUGAACAUGCAUGUGAUUCAUUGUUUGCCAACUGCAUUGUCUGCAUUUGUAUUUAAAACCUCAGAAGCAGGCAGUGUUGUGCUUCACAUUUCUUUCAGUUUUGCAUGGUAUUUAUGGUUUUGUACGUCAGAUUCCUAAGUUUUUUAGGGUACGUAAAUGUUUACAGAACAUUGUCACAAUGAUGAAGUAGAAAAAAAUCAGGGAUACUUAAGUUUAAGCUAUUGUGCAGUACAAGUUCAAAAGUAAUCAACAGUUUAAAGAUCAAGAAAUAAAUAUUUCUAAAGCUGUCUCAGAAAAU